AUGGAGGGAAUCCGGCUCUGCUUUCCACAACUGCCCAAUGCCUCCUGCAGGAGACCAGAUCCUCCUCAGCCUGAGACUAUGCUUGCUUACCUCCUGCUGUACGUCGUGUCUGCGCUGACAGCAGCUCUCAACCUGCUGGUCAUCAUCUCCAUCUCCCACUUCAGGCAGCUGCACACCCCCACUAACUUCCUCCUUCUCUCUCUGGCGGUCUCAGACUUUUUCAUGGGUCUCUUGGUGAUGCCGGUUGAAAUCCUGAUGACACAGGUGUGCUGGAUGCUGGGGGAUCUCAUGUGUGCUGCUUAUUACCUGCUACCCUUUGUCAUCAUUUCUGCCUCCGUGGGAAACAUGGUGCUCAUCUCAGUUGAUCGCUACGUGGCUAUUUGCGACCCCCUGCACUACCCGACCAGGAUCACUAAAAAGAAAAUCAAAAUCUGUGUGUGUCUAUGUUGGACCUACUCUGUCUUUAUUAACGUUUUCAUCCUGUAUGAUCACAUGAAGAUACCUGGAAAGUAUAAUUCCUGCUUAGGAGAAUGUCUGGUAGGCAUUGCAGGAGAUGUUGACUUAGUUCUGGGCUUCGUCAUUCCCAUUGCUAUCAUCAUUGUGCUGUAUCUGAGAAUAUUUGUGGUGGCUGUGUCUCAUGCUCGGGCCAUGCGACCCAAGGUUGUCACUGUCACUGUCACAAUAGGCAGAUCAAAGAAUGUAAGAGCUCGGCGAUCUGAGAUGAAGGCUGCUAGGACUCUAAUGGUCGUUGUCACUGUGUUCUUGGUUUGUUACUGUCCGUACUACGCUGCCACACUCACAGGCCGCACAAUAAUGAUUGGUUCAUCUACUGAAAUCUAUAUGGUCUUUGUCAUGUACUUUAACUCCUGCCUGAACCCUGUCAUCUACGCUUUUUUCUACCCCUGGUUUAGGAAAUGUCUCAGACUCAUUAUUGCACUUCACAUUUUGAAACCUGGCUCCUGUGAGACCAAUAUAUUGUAG